UCUCCAAGGGAUAAAAUUAUCAAUUAUGAGGGAUAGAACUAAAGUGAGUAAACUUAAUUUUAUAAUAUUGGUUUAUUUCUGAAAACAAUUGUGCAAAAGUGAAUAUUUUAAUGACUUGAUAGUACCUAAUUGUGAGUGCCAAAAUGGAUCAUCCAGCGUCUGAUUUUUUUAUGGAUUUAGAAGUCGUCAAAUUGCCGUAUUAUGAACCCGUCAGCAUGGUGGACCCGUCGCUGCUCCUCCGCCCAGAGGCAGUGUACGAAGACAAACCGGUGACAGCCUUCCGCGACUACACUAUAGAUGACAAGGAUCCCAUCAGGGAGCGUGUGCGCAGGACGUAUUACACCAUGCACACUAAUAUGACGUAUGAGUUUGUUCAAUCUAAAAUGGCUAAAUGGCUGAACUUCAACCACUUCAAAGCGACCAUGAAGGAGGCGCUAUACAAGAUGAACGAGCUGGUCGACGAGUCGGACCCGGAUCUGGACCUGCCCAACAUCGUGCACGCGUUCCAGACCGCGGAGAGGAUCCGACAGGACCAUCCUGAUGAGGACUGGUUCCAUCUAAUUGGACUUAUACAUGAUGUUGGCAAGGUGAUGGCAUUCUAUGACGAGCCCCAAUGGUGCGUGGUGGGAGACACGUUCCCUGUUGGUUGCAAGUGGGGCAAGCACAUCGUGUACGGAGACGACAGCUUUAAGGGCAACCCAGAUACCUACAACCCUAAAUAUAAUACGGAAAACGGUAUCUACCAGCCAAAAUGCGGAAUCGAAAACCUCACAAUGUCUUGGGGUCACGAUGAGUAUCUCUACCGGGUUUUGGUCCACAAUAAUUCCAAGUUUCCCAAAGAAGGUCUAUGGAUGAUCAGAUAUCACUCAUUCUAUCCUUGGCACGCUGGUGGUGACUACCAGCACCUCGCUAAAGAAGACGACGAAAAAAUCAAGAAGGCUGUGACAUUGUUCAAUCAAUACGACUUAUACACAAAGUGCACUGUGGUUCCCGACAUCGAAGCCCUGUGGCCCUACUAUGAAGGUCUUAUUGAAAAAUAUAUUCCCAGUGUGCUCGAGUGGUGAAUAAACAUUAAAAGACAGAACGUGUAAAAUGUAGUUUGUGCAAUUUUUUGGUCAAGCUCGAUGAUCGUGUCGCCGCCUCUUAAGUCUAUCUUAAUAUGGCAAUUAAUUAAUUUGUAUAUAAUUUGUUAAUUUAUAAGAAUUCUUGGAUAUGACUUUGUAAAUAUUAAUUUAGGCAAAUAAAUAUUCAUAUUUUUUCA